CAGUUCUACUUCCAGCUGUUGCUACAUUCCUCUACACGUCGCGAUUGGCCGGAGCCGCCGGCUUUUGUGCGCUUGUGUAUGUUUGGAGUGCGCGCCGGUGUGCGUAAAUGUGACACAGGAUUACGAGUCUUUCCUCGACAUCCACAGGUUGCCCAUGGUGCACGGGGGAUGUAUCCGCUGUCAAGACAGAGACUGUGAUCACAACAAAGGCAGAAGAAGCACAAUAUUUUGGGGGAGUUUGGUCAGAAGGCACAAGUCUCGAUUUUGGAGCCGCUGCGUAAUUGCGCCCUUCUCUGCACCAUGACAGAAGUGGCCAGUCCGGUUUCAUUAAUGGUGCAGGGCCAAUAGAGCAUUUUGGGGAGACUCAGCUGCUCCACAGAUGGGAUCAAAGAAUCGGAGAUGAUGUUCCAGCCGGAGUCAGAUCAGAUGUCUCCAGUUGAGCCCAAGUCUCCACCCCUGGACCUGAUCGACACAGGGAAGGGGCUAAAGGUCCAGACGGCUACGCCACAUCUGGUUAGCCUGGGCAGUGGGAGGCUGAGUGUGGCUAUCACCCUGCUGCCAUUGAAAGAAGGGGUGACACGUAUAGGCAGAGAAGACGCUCCAAUUCCUCAAGAUAUUACAAUAGAGGGUCCUGGCAUCGAGGCGGAGCAUUGUCUUAUUUUCAAUGAAGGAGGAGUGGUGACCUUGGACCCCUGUGGUCACCUCUGCAGUCUGGAUGGAGUCCAGGUCACUGUGCCUACACCGCUCACACAGGGUUAUUCCCUGUGUUUGGGUAAGUCCUAUUUCUUCCGCUUCAACCAUCCUGAAGAGGCUAGCAGAAUGAAGAGCAUGCUUCCACAAAAGAGCCAUGUGUCCGCCCUAGCCUACAACACAGAUUACCUGAAGUUUAGUAGUGACUAUAGCCAUGCUGUGGUGGGGGGCACCAGUAGUGCGAGGGGCAUGCGAUCAGCCUCUGAGCUGCGAGACUUGAUGGACACGCUGCAACGCAAGAAAAUUGCCCUGGAAAACAGCCUGAGAGCCAACGGGAAUGCCAACCCCUCGUACUUCAGUGUCACACAGUCUCCACCCACCACACCUGUCUCCACUCCGACCACAUCCUCAUCAGCCUAUCAGGACCAGGCAAGGCGUUUCUACAGCUCAGAUCGUCCGCCUAAGUCUGCUUCACCUCUUUCCCCCGGACGGCGAUCUGACCCUUCUUAUUCUCUGACUUCCCGCACAUCUGCUGGCCGCAGUCAGGACAACUUUGGCAUUAGCGAUAGCCGGCGACUGCACAGCCAAGGCUCCUCUCCGUUACUGUCCACGUGGAAUGGCGGAGGCUCUUCCAGUUCUGUUGCUGCUAGCGAUAGCUUCCUCCUCUCCCUUCCUCCUUCCUCUUCCUCAUCCCGCUCGCCAUCGACAGGGGGCGCAGUCAGCAUGCCAUCAAGCCCCCGUCUAGGCCGCCGUACUUUUGGGAACCAAGAGCCAUCGCCCAGCACUCGAACCAGGAAGUACUCAGCAGGCUCACUGAGUGGGAUGAUGGUCGGAGGGCAUAGUCGCUCGCUGCCACGUCUCUGUCCCUCUCCGUCUCCACGCGACAACAAUGGAGGGCUAACUUUGUCAACGCUGCCUCCACGACGGUCUGAUGUUGUGGGGGGUUACAAAUAUAGCAGAGAUCCUUAUAACAACAGCCACAACGCCAGCCCUGACCUCAACCAUAAUUUCAGUAACUCCAGCCAGCAAGCCUUGAACAGGAACCAAAUCCAGACUACAACUCAGGGUGAAGGUGUUGUGUCUAUCUCCCUUUCCUCCCCUAAGAGCUCACCCUCCACCACCCACACCAUCUCUACCACAACUGCCCCACCUGAUGUGACAAUCCCAUCCAGGGCAGGGGGCUCCUCUUCUCCUCGUGUUGCUAAAAAACUCAGCCUGACCUCAACUAGCUCACUGGGCUCUGUCAGCACCACAGGUUCCAGCCCUUCAGAUCCAGAGCAUCUAGCUAGCCAUGGAGUCUCAUCAGGAAUGGAAGUGUCGUUGGGGGAGAGGGAGAAACGAGCAGGAGGCCUGGAACACACUGGUACCCUGGGCCUGGGACUCGGCGAGAGGAGGGCUUCUUUUGGGAAGGCGGGACUAGAACCUGGGAUUGGUCUAGGAGAGAGGAGGCAGUCGUUUGGAAAGGCAGGGGUGACCCCACCUGGGGGUUUCAGGGAAAGACGGGGGAGCAUCAGCUCACUGAGUGGGAAGGAAGAAUUGACAGAUUACCACCAAAGGCAAAAAGAAGAGAGACUCCGUGAGCAGGAGGUGGAGAGACUGGAGCGUCAACGGCUGGAGACUAUUUUGUCUCUUUGUUCUGAGCUGGGCCGGACUGAAAGGGAUGGAGGUGGCACAUCUACAAAUCCCACUUCUGCUGUGGCCGACCUCCAGAAGAUCAAUCAGGAGCUUGAGAAGCUCCAGCUGAACGACGACGAUGACGACACACCGUCUGUCUUUUCAGACUCCUCAGCUGUUAAUGGAACAACUGGAAAUGGACACUUGACCUCCCCUGGAUCAGAAAAUGGUUACUACGAUGAUGAGCUCCAGGUACGACGGAGGCGCAGUAGUGGUCAAAGAGACAACAGGGCAGAAUCCCCUGCUGUCAGUCUGCGAAGCUUUGCCCCCUCACCGUCUCCACGUGGAUCGAGGAUAAAUGAGCAGGCUCUAAAUGAUGCGGCUCGCCGCCGUGGACAGGACAUGAUGCCUUCAGAGGAGGAAGUGAGGCGUGUGGAAGAGGAGAGGAUCCAGGUGCUAAACAACAUGGAGGAGCUGGAACAAAAAAUCAAAGAGCUGGACAACCAAAUGGACGAAUCUGCUCGAGAGGUGGAGGUGGAGCGAGCUCUGGUUGAGGCUGAGCAGGAGUCUGAGGUCGCUGCUCUCCAGCAGGAAAAAGAUGCUUUGGAGGCACUAAACAACAAGAUGGCUGACCUGGAGACCAAGUCCCAGCAGGAUAAAGAAAAGGCGUGUGAGUUGCUGCAGGCAGAAAGGGGCAGAGUAGAGAGGUUGGCUCAGAUUGUGUGUGAGCAGCGCUCCCAGCUGGACAGCUGCCCUGAAGCUACCAAGGAGCCCCUGCAGGAGCAGCUAGCCAGGGACUGCGAGGUACUUGAGGCAGAGACAAAACGAUUUGAGGACCUGGAGUUUCAGCAGCUUGAGAAAGAGAGUAGGCAGGACGAGGAGAAGGAGACACAUACACAGCAGCUUCUCCGGGAGAUCGCAGACUACCAGCGCAGCACUGUCACUCGCAAGGAGCGACUGUUAACUCUGAAGAAACAAGCAACACAGAUUACCCAGCAAGCUCAGCGAGAAAAGGAGAGCUUCUUGAAGGAAAGGAGCAACCUCGAAUCGAUGCUGCAAAGAGAGAAAGAAAGUCUUGCCUCGCUGGAAAGAAAAUAUGCUGAGCUCACUGGUGGCCGGAGUUUCACUCUGAGAGAGGGUACAGUCUCUUUGGCUGAUGUGUGUCAUUCCCUCCUUUGCUCUGUUUUUCACAAGAACACUGAGGGCUAUGUCACAGUCAGUGAAAUCAAUGAGCUUUACUCACAGCUUGGGCAGGAUCCUAAACCUGCCCCUGCCAAAGCCUCCCCUGAGUCCGAGGUAAACCCCUCCCCUGACGACGACUCCCCCAAACCAGCGGAGGAUGAGCUCUGUCAUUCUUCCUCACCUGCCGACUGUCACUCCUCUUCCUCCUCUUCUUCCUCCUCUCAUCUGAAUCCCCGUCCCCUCCCCAAAACACCCUCUGUGCACUGGCCAGAGAACAUGGUGACAUAUCGAGACCCCUCACCCCUCCCCGACUCUCCCCCACCUCCCCUUCCUGUCAAAAAGAAUCAUCAGCGACACAGGCAGCAUUUUCGCUUGCUGGAGGAGAGGAGGCGAUCUGAGAAAGACGGUGGGUCGCAUUUAAGUGAUACAUUACCCAGGAAGAAAACUGCACCCAGCAUGAACCCUCAGUUCACAUGCGCAACACUCGGACGCAGCUUCCCCAGCAAGUCCCACCAGCCUCUGGUGCAGAGUGCAAGUUGUGGCAGCAUACUUCCAAGAAUUCUCUCCUUAUCCAGCAAGGAAACUGAAUCUCGACGUCUACAUAAAGGUCAGCCGAGCUCCCGGGCAGCCUCGCAGACCAACGUCUACCUCGAUGCCUUUGGGUACCGUGACAACCAGGCCUUUGACACGAUGAGUGUCGACAGCAGCGACUCCAUUGAAACCAGCAUCUCUGCUUGCUCACCUGACAACGUCUCCAGUGCCAGUACGUCAAAUGUGGCCAAACUGGAGGAGAUGGAGCGCCUGCUGAGAGAGGCACAGGUCGAGAAGAACCGCCUCCUCGAACACAAGGAGCGAGAAAUGGAAAUGCGAAAGCAGGCUCUGGACGAGGAGAGGAAGAGAAGGGAGGAGCUGGAGAAAAGGCUGCAGGAGGAGACGAGCAGACGACAGAAACUCAUCGACCGAGAGGUGAAACUGCGAGAAAAACAGAGGGCACAGUCCCGGCCGCUAACCCGGUAUCUGCCGGUGAGAAAGGACGACUUCGACUUGCGGGCUCACAUCGAGUCGGCGGGCCACAGCACAGACACGUGCUUCCACUUGUCCAUCUCUGAAAAGACGUGCCGAGGCUACCUGGUCAAGAUGGGAGGGAAGAUCAAAACCUGGAAGAAACGCUGGUUCGUCUUUGACCGCAACCGACGCACGCUCUCCUACUAUGCAGACAAGCACGAAGCCAAGCUGAAAGGAGUCAUUUACUUUCAAGCUAUUGAAGAAGUUUAUUACGAUCACUUGAAGAAUGCACAUAAGAGCCCAAACCCCUCCCUAACCUUCAGCGUGAAGACCCAUGACAGAGUCUACUACAUGGUGGCUCCCUCUCCUGAGGCCAUGAGGAUCUGGAUGGAUGUGAUCGUCACAGGUGCUGAGGGAUACACUCAGUUCAUGGUGUAGUGAAGGGCUUUUGGCGGCUACAUGCCAGCUUUAAAGACAAAUAUUUCAAUUCCUUUUUUUAAUCCUCGGACUUUUUAAGUGUCUGGAUGGAUGUUAAUGUCAUCUAUGCUGAAGAAUUCAGUUUGUGUUGCGUUGAGACAGCAGCGUUGAACGAGUUUAUCGGCAUUCUUUACAACACAGCAGCGUUCAAAAUGAUAGCAGGGAGCAUCCAUGUGAAGAUGUGGAAAGGUAAAAGAUGAUUUUUACAUUUUUAUUCAGUCUGUUUUGGAGAUGUGUCUGAUACGGUGCACCACUCUGCCUCGGUGUACCGCAAAGUAUUGUUCAAAUAUAAAAUAUACUGUUAGUAAAAUGUUUACCUGACUGAACUUUUCUACAAGCUUUGUUAAAUUAGUUUUUUUUUCAGACAAAAGGUGAAUAUAAUGAAAAAAACAGUGCUGGCUUAACCAGUUUCAGCUCCUGACAUCUCCAACGUUUUAAACAAAGUCUGAACAGUUUUACCACGACACGGAAGAGCUCAUUUGCCAGCGGGUUUAAUCGAUUUUAUACUAUUUUAACACCAUCUCCAUACGCAGAAGGAACAAAGCACACAAAUGUAGUUAUUGUUUAGGAAAUGCAUUUUAAUUUUCUUUUUAAUCAAAAUUUAAUUUCACGUGUUGCUACUGUGGCGUUCUCAGGUCUGGAGUAGGUGCAUGGAAAUAAGUGCCUGUUUUGUGUGCAUGCUAUAUGUACACAUGUUCUUUCUGUGGGCCCCUAAUGUGGCUCCAAGGUGCUAUUCUCACAUGGUCAAUGACACUAAUAUUCCAAGACUUAAUACUAGACACUCAACACGAGUUAUUACCCGUCCUUUUUUAAAACAGAUUCAUGUGCUGGGUUAUGAUAGUAUCACCAGAGACUCUGAAACAAACUCAAAACUUAGUCAGGUGACUUGUUUUCCAGUAUAAGGAGUUAUAUCAGUACGAGGAAUUCUGACUUUGAAUAAGACUUAAAGUAGCUGUAUAUUUUGUUUCUAAGUUGUAGUUAGCUUCAUUGUAGUUUUGACACUAAGCCUAUGAUUAUCAACACAAGAGUCCUAUUUGUGCCUUUUUCCAAUCAUAUUUCAUGUGACAGUGUUUUUACGUGCGUAUUAUCGAAACUUUUCAGAGCUCUGUAUCUAUAUACUGAAUGCCAAAAUGUCUGUGGGGAGAAAACACAUGUGGGUUGUUUUGUGUGGGAAAGGUCUCACACAAAGAUGCCAAGCAGACAAAAUCAAUGGUACACGCAUUCACUAGUCAUCUAGACUGACUGAUUAUUGUGUCACUACAUUGCAUUUAUUAGCACUAAUUUAAUGUGUUUGUUUAAAUGACUAUUCCACCUUGAUCACUAAAGCUGCUUCUGUGUUUUGUAUCAUACUCCAGACUACAUUAGACCAUGUCAGCCCACUGAUAUGUGCAUUUAUCAUCUUGCCUUUUUGCUUUUAUUCUUUUUUUGACCAAAGUUUAUGUUUAAGUAAUAUGAUGUAUAUGUGGUUUCUUUGCUUCGACUUCUCUUUAAAUAUAGUAAGAUCCAAAGUAUAGAUAUAUAUUGUCUCUUUCAACAUGACAUACCAAGUUACAGUGCAAGCUUCUAUGAGUUUCUUUCAUCAUAUCAUUUUGUUUUUUAUAUUUUUUAUGUUGAUUCUACUGUAUUUAUGCCAUUACCAAUGCAUGUAUCUUAAUUUUGUAUUUCUAUAUGAAUAAUUAAAUAUAUUUUACUUUUUUAUGUUUAAAUAAGUCAGCUUGUGAGACUGUCAGUGGUAAAAAAGAAAAAAAACGCAUCCCUUCCAAAAAAUGUCUCUAUGACUGUGACUUUGACAUCAGGUUUAAAAUGCUAAUUACUCAUUUCAAAUUUAAGGAAUGACAGGUAGAUUUAGAACAAUAUGCAAAUAACUUGUUGAGAACUUUUAUAUUUUCUAAGACUUUUCAAUUUGAGGUUUCUAAAGUGUGCAGCCAUUUUAUUAUUAUUUUUUCAAAUCACUAAAUCUUUAAAGGGGAAACCAUUUGUCGUUUCUUAAAAUGCAUAAAGUUGCAUAGAACAUGCUGUUGGAGAAAAGGGAAACAAAGUGUGUGUGUUAUCUCUACAACAAUCUUGUUAAAACGCUGUAUUUUCUACAUUACAUUUAGACUUCUCUUUGAUCUGUGCUGAGCAUUCCAGGUUCAGCACAACCCGGUCUCACGGGGAUUCGUGAAACUACAUGGAGACUGAGCACCGCUGUGUGGCAGACGUCAGUGGUACAAUGAACUUCAGAGACAUUCAAAGUGUUAGUGAAGCAGCUGUGUAAGGAAACCCAUUAGAAUGUUUUAUUUCUCCUGAAUUACACCUACUAGCAGUUAGUCAUGCGUCAUCCUUUUCAAUGUAACAACAAAAUGGAAAAGAUUUCUUUGAAAGGCUAAAGAGGUGGAUCCCCGUGCAAAACACAUUUAAGUUUUUUGAGAAUGGGGCAGACAAUUGCAGAACUGGAUUGUCAGUCCCUUAUUAACUUACUCCACUUGUUUACUCCAAAGUGCGAGCACUUUUGGGCAGAAGAGCAAGUUGAACUGGAACAUUUCUGAAGGAAGUUUGAGUGUGAAAAUGCAUCUUCUGACUGCUGAUAUGUCCGGCUAACAAUCAUACAUAAGGUGGAAUUUACAUAAGUACAUUCUAUUUUGAAAAGCCAGUAUAUUUCACAAACCCUAACUGAAUUAUUUAAUUUGUAUGAACAUUCUCAACACUGUGGCAUGAGAUUCCUGCUGAAAACUGUGUCAGAAGAAUCCGUAAGAAUAAUCCUGAGGAGCAGUAAUCGGUCUAAUCAGUGUGUUUCAAUGCUUUGCACUGACACACUUAACAAUAAAAACAUAAUUUCAGUUGG